AGACACUCUAAUCGGACUGCAUCAAGAAAAGGUUCCCAGGGUACUUUGGCAGGACUUACCAGAGCUCACACCGACUCCUCGUCUGUUCCUUCAAGCUACCUCUCCGACACCAUCACUCCAGCACCACCUGCCUUCGCCUACCCCGUCUACCCAAUGCAACCUCUGGACCACCCAGAGCCGACACCCGCCCCCUCCAGUCCCCGCAACCUAUUCUCGUCCUUCCGCACCCACCUCAACGUCCCCAUCCCACUCUUCGGUUCCCGCUCUGCUCCGUCUCAAGCCCACACCGGUAAACAGACCCAACUGUACGACCUUGAGGCCCAGCGCUUCGAUAUCCCAAGACGUGGUUCCGGUGUCAUCAUUCCCACGGUCAAGACUAGCAUCAGGAGCGGUCCUGCACCAUUUGUUCUUCCUCAUGCCACUUCUGUCCCAGCCGCCAUCCACGAGGAAGAAGAUGAAGACAUCGAUCCCCUUGCGCCAAAGAUGGGCACUCGUGCUUAUCGUGAGCGAGAGAAGCGUGAGAUGCAGCGCCGAAAGGACGAAGAGAAGGUUGCUAAGGUCAUUGCGGAUGAUGUCAAGGUUGAGAUGGGCGGUGGCUCCGUUGGUAAGGGCAAGGAGUUUGCUAGCGUCAUCAAGAUUGUGAAGAGCUUUGAUCUCUCUGAGGAAAGCAAGGCUGGUCGUUCUUGAGGAGUGUGAUUUGAUGCUGAUGACGCGUGGGGUCUUUACAUACUAGCUGCUUUGGUUCUCUUGUGUAUACACCAGCGCG